AAAGGAAGGGCGGAAGUCGUGGCUCUUAGUAAGGGCAACAAUCAAAACAGGAGGACGCCGUGAGGGGAAGAUGGCGGCGGCGACCCAUAUUUUGAGGUUUGGCGGCCCUUUUCUGGUCUUCGUGGUGGUGUCGGCGUUGAGCCGAGGCGACACGCUGGGUACCUUGAACUUACAUGAGCUCAGCGAGAUGAAAUAUGGGAUUGAGAUCGGUGCUGAGCCCGUGAUGGCCGGACAGAGCAAGUCGGCUGAUGUGGUGACCAUCUCAUCCAAAUACAAGCAGAAAUACGAGUGCCGGCUACCAGUGGCUGCUGUGAAGAUACACCAGGACAAAGAGGAAGAUCCACAAAGCUAUACUGGGUUGGGUAUUUUGGAACUCCUGAAGCCGAUGGAAGCGGCCCCUUGCCUUAUCAAGACUAAGGACUGGUGGACAUACGAGUUCUGUUAUGGGAAGCACAUCCAGCAAUAUCACAUGGAAGAGUCUGAAAUCAAAGGUGAUAUCCUGUACCUUGGACAUUACCAGUCAGCAUUUGACUGGGAUAAUGAAACAGCAAAGGCUUCCAAGCAGCACAAGCUGAAGCGUUACCACAGCCAGACUUACAUCAAUGGAUCCAAGUGUAACCUGAAUGGGAAGCCCAGAGAGGCUGAAGUCAGGUUUCUGUGUGAGGAAGGUUCAGGUGACUACAUUGCCCGAGUUGAUGAGCCUCAGUCCUGUUCCUACGUGCUGACAGUUCACACCACGCGCAUUUGCCAUCACCCUUUCUUGCGGCCACCAUCCACUGCCACCCCUCAGACCAUCCGCUGCCAUCCGGCCUUGAGCCCUGCCGAAUACGUGGAGUACGUCAAGGCCCAAGUGUCUGACACCAAGCGCAAAGUGGAAGAGAUCUCUGAAGAGUUGAAGAUGCUAGACACACGGCUCUGGAAUGAGCAAGACUCUAACACUGUCGCUCAAGAUUUGGAUGGAAGCGUGACUCCAGUUCCUUCUCCUCCUCCUCCUCCUGAGACGGAACCAGAGGAUGACUCUGAUUUCUGGGAGAGAGUUCUACGUGGAGAUGGGAAAGCGGCCCAGGUGCCAGACCAAACAAAGGAAGAAGAGCCAAUCAUGAAGACAGCAGACAGUCACCUAGCAGAUUUCAAGAAAAAGAUACACUUCAAGGUGAUCCGGAACCCCGGGGACCUGGUUCAAUUCAUUCAUGAUUUGAAGGAGAGCUCCAGGAAGAGUAAAGAGAAGGCGGGUGAGUCAGAGGAAGUGAUGGCAGAAGCCCCUUCCAAAAGUGAGACAGCGGUAGGGACAGAACACCGCGAGGAAGGGGCCGAAGAGGGCGACGAGGAUGAGGAAGAUCUUCUGGGGAAAUUUGAGAAUGAGCUGGAAGACAUCCUGCUGCCCAAGUCUGAAAUGGCCAAGCUGAAGGAAGAGGUGAAGUCUGAGAUGGAGAAGGAGUUUGAUCACAUCAUUGAUGAGGUGGAGGACGAGCUGGAAACGGAAGGCUUGAAAGGUGAGUUUGAUCGGAAACAAGCCUCCAAGUCUUUGGCGUCAACCCUCAACAAACUCAUUGACAAGCUGGAUUCAGGACAAGCCCCAAAUAAAGGGGACAAAGAGCAGGAACCCGAGCAGCUGGAGGAGGAAGACAAGGAGGCGCCUGUGGAUGGAGGAAACACUGCUCAAGGAAACGCAGCCAAGCCAUCUCCUGAUGGUGAGCUGGACAGGAGUGUGAAAGUCAGGGUCACUAAAGUAAAGCCAGGUAGCACUCGGCAGAAGGAGCUGCGCGUCCAAGAGAUGAGCAGGAACAAUCCCCAGCUGCACCACAUAGAGAGCGUGGUUAAGGACCUGUUGGAGAAGGAAGGCCUGAAGGCAGAAGGUAAAAUUGAAAUCAAGAUUGUAACAACGGGUGGCCUUGGGGAUGAUGAUGACACCCACUGGCUCUCAGAAGAAGACACCAAGAACCUCAAGGACAUUUUCUUCAAUAUUUUGAUCCAGGGCACAGAGGAAGCUCACAAGGAGCAGCGGCGUCAACGCCAGCUGGAAGACAACUACCGCUUUGUCUGGGGGCGUGACCAGGAAGAGCUACCAGCAGCUGGUGGCACAGAUUCCGAUGAGUUGGAUUUCUGAACCUUGAUAAACGUUUGAACUCUGGCAACCAUGUCUGUUCCCCUGCGGUCCCUGGCUGGCAUCUUUGACCUGCCUGUCACGAGGAAGACAGUUGUUUGGUUUUUCUUUUCUUUUCCUCCUAUAAUGACCAGAAUCCCACAGCAGGUGGCCAGCGUGAAGGGCAUUUCUUGCUCUGAGGUGCAAACAGUCUUCGUUAGGCCCAUUGUUGGCACAUGAACUUUCUCUUAAGGCACCAUGAUCAGCUUUCCUCCCCAUCUGCAAGCUGUCUCAGAUAAAACUGGGAACCUUUUCUCAGGGCCCAAACAACAACAACGUUUUUCUGAUGCCAAGUGGUAGGCCUUUGGCCCCUGCUCUCCUGCCGGCAGGGCCUUGACUGAAGGAGCACAGAUGUCCGUCUGCCCAUCUCUCUCUAUGGUAGUAAUGUGUGUGCCCAAUUCUCUUGACCUGAAGCGGUAUAGUGGAGUGCAACGAAAAAGGGGGAGCCCUAUUUAAAAAAAAACAACUCAUUUUGGUUCAGUGCAAUCUGGAAAUCAGGGUAAAGACUGGCAUGGGUGCCCCUUUGUUUCCCAGAGCUGCUUGUGUGUGGAAGAAACUUCAUUCCCAGGCUUGUGUAGAGGGCUGUGUCUCACCUGCGUGCCUUGAAAUGUCAAACUGGAGGAGAGAACAAUCUUUCCCUAUCUUGUUUGGGCCUCUUCACGGCAUCCCCAUUUUUGUCUGAAUGUUUGCGAAUCAAAGGUGUAUUGGCGUCAUAUCGUAUAGGCCGCUCCUUGUGACUGCCUUCACUUGGGCAGCACCAGGCCAGUGUCAGGGGUUACAGCCUUGAGCUCAUGAACUCAGCAAAAAAGGAUGUGGAAUGAUGUGGAGAAGAGAAUAUUGGAUGCUGUUCUAUCCUCAUCAUUUCACACAUACUAGGACUUUAAACAUAGGAGUGUAUGGACUGCGUAACCAUACGGCCUCGGUGGCAAAGCCCUGUGUAAAGAUCUGGCUAUUCAUUCUGUUACGUUUCAAGUCCCAGGUCUGGCUGAAGUAUCUUUUGAAGUAACACCAGUGAUCUCCUUCAAGUGCUGAACAAUCAGAGCUGCCUAAUGGGUGACUGGAGGUAAAGAAUCGCUGCCCAGGGAAGGGGUGAGGCUCACAGAAUCCUGCCGCCUCCUUUGGCACCUACAGAACUAUUCACAAUUCAUUUUUCUAUCAAUAAAUCCAGGUCCACUCAGG